CCCUCCUUCCUUUUGCAGUCAGCUGAGAAGCCAAACCGGAGUGCAGUUUUGUGCGGGGUUUUGAGCCGAGCAGCAGCAGGAAAAGGAGAAAAGGGGAAACCAGACGCGGGGAUUCCUCCCCACACAAACACCUCAAGAAGAAGAAGAAGCAGCGCCAGAGAGGGGCACCAUGGCACCCGCUGGGCUUAAGGCUGUGGUGGGAGAAAAAAUUAUGGCUGAUGUGAUCAAAAAGGUGAAGAAGAAGGGAGAAUGGAAGGUUCUGGUGGUGGAUCAGUUGAGUAUGCGAAUGCUUUCUUCCUGCUGCAAAAUGACUGAUAUCAUGACUGAGGGCAUAACAAUUGUGGAAGACAUCAACAAGCGCCGGGAGCCACUGCCCAGCCUGGAGGCUGUGUACCUCAUCACCCCAUCAGAGAAAUCUGUUGAGUCUCUCAUUGGUGAUUUCAAGGAACCUCCGAAUGCCAAGUAUCGAGCUGCUCACGUCUUCUUUACUGACUCUUGCCCCGAUUCCUUGUUUAAUGAGCUGGUCAAGUCCCGUGCUGCGAAAGUCAUCAAGACUCUGACAGAGAUCAACAUUGCUUUCCUGCCCUACGAGUCUCAAGUUUACUCCUUGGACUCUGCUGACUCUUUCCAGAGCUUCUACAGCCCUCACAAGGCCCAGAUGAAAAACCCGAUCUUGGAGCGCCUGGCAGAGCAGAUUGCCACCCUUUGCGCCACCCUGAAGGAAUACCCUGCUGUCCGAUACAGAGGGGAUUACAAAGACAAUGCCAUGUUGGCCCAGCUGAUCCAGGACAAACUUGAUGCUUACAAGGCUGAUGACCCUACCAUGGGUGAGGGUCCAGACAAAGCCCGCUCCCAGCUCGUCAUCCUGGACCGCGGCUUUGACCCCAGCUCUCCAGUGCUACAUGAACUGACAUUCCAAGCCAUGAGCUAUGAUCUGCUGCCCAUUGAGAAUGACGUCUACAAAUAUGAGACAAGUGGCAUUGGGGAGGCCCGUGUCAAGGAGGUUCUGCUGGAUGAAGAUGAUGACCUCUGGGUCACCUUGCGCCAUAAACACAUUGCUGAGGUCUCCCAGGAGGUCACCCGCUCUCUGAAGGACUUCUCUUCCAGUAAAAGGAUGAAUACAGGUGAUAAGACAACCAUGAGGGAUCUCUCCCAGAUGCUGAAAAAGAUGCCCCAGUAUCAGAAGGAGCUGAGCAAGUACUCCACUCACCUUCACCUGGCCGAAGAUUGCAUGAAACACUACCAAGGCACUGUGGACAAGCUCUGCCGAGUUGAACAGGACCUGGCCAUGGGAACUGAUGCAGAGGGGGAGAAAAUCAAGGACCCAAUGAGGGCUAUUGUCCCUAUCCUGCUUGAUGCAAAUGUCAGCACUUAUGACAAGAUCCGUAUCAUUCUGCUCUACAUCUUCCUCAAGAAUGGCAUCACUGAGGAAAAUCUCAACAAGCUGAUUCAGCAUGCUCAGAUUCCACCUGAGGACAGUGAGAUCAUCACCAAUAUGGCCCACCUUGGAGUACCCAUCAUCACAGAUUCUACCUUACGCCGCAGAAGCAAGCCUGAGCGGAAGGAGCGAAUCAGCGAGCAGACCUACCAACUGUCUCGAUGGACCCCAGUGGUAAAGGAUAUUAUGGAGGAUGCCAUUGAGGACAAACUGGACACCAAACACUACCCUUACAUCUCCACCCGGUCCUCUGCCUCCUUCAGCACUACAGCGGUCAGUGCCCGCUAUGGACACUGGCACAAGAACAAGGCUCCUGGGGAGUACAGGAGUGGCCCCCGCCUCAUCAUUUUCAUCCUGGGGGGUGUGGGCCUGAAUGAGAUGCGCUGCGCCUAUGAGGUGACUCAAGCCAGUGGGAAGUGGGAGGUGCUAAUAGGUUCUACUCACAUUCUUACUCCCACCAAAUUUCUCAUGGAUCUGAGGCAUCCCGACUUCAGAGAUUCCACUAGGGUAUCUUUUGAGGAACAGGCUCCAACAAUGGAAUGAGAGCCAAAGAAAACAAUAAAAAGCUCUACUCACGUCCUCACCCCACAGAAACUGCUGGACACUCUGAAGAAACUGAAUAAAACGGAUGAAGAAAUUAGCAGUUAAACACACACACACACACACACACACACACACACCCUUCCCUCUUUCUCUCCUCCCCCAUUUCCUGCCCUUCCCUCCUUGACACCAUCAUAAAAAAAGCAGUGACAUGACAUUGGGGCACCCCAUUUCCUGCCAGCUCUGGGGUGAUCCUUGCCCCACUUAAAUUUGUUGACUGGUUCCAUUUCACCCUCUUCUUAUUCUUCUUGGUUUCCCCUUCCCCUUCCAUCCUACAUUUGAAGCGAAGGUAAAUAAGAGAAGGGUUUGGGGUGGGGAAAUUGCAUUGUCUCUAAGGCGGAGAGAAAAAAAGAAAGAAAAGAAAAAUAAUAUAUUCUAUAAUAUAGAUAUUAUCUCUAUACGUAUCCUCCAAAAUAAACCACCAAAAACUAAACUCCCAUCAUUUCAUCCUUGGCGAUUAUAUGACGACGAUGCUGAUAAUAUUAUUAUUUUUUAAUGAUGAUGUCCUUUUAGUUCUGGUUUUAGUUUUCUGCCCGGAUGGACGAAUGCUUGUGACUUAUUUAUGGCUAUGUGAUCUUGUACCUAACCUCAGAUUCAAACUGUGAAAGGAAUGCUCUUCUUUCCCCCACUGUGUAUUGGGAUUUUUGCUUGCGUUUUGGAAAUAACUGUCAUUUGACCUUCCCUGUCCUCCCUUGUCACCCCUGCUGCUACUGCUGCUGUUGUUGAGAUUGUCCUCUCAAUUUUCAUAUUUAUUUAGUUUUAUCAGUGUGUAGAUGGUUGGUGCAUUUCUGGGUUGUUGUUUUUUAUUCCUUCACCCCUGACCUUUUCCAACUUUUUUGGAGCAAUAUUUUAAAUGGAGUGUUUGUGGUUUGCAAUUCCAGCAUGUCUGGAUUAAUCUUCCUUAUUAGAUCUUUUUUGUCCCACCCAGGAAUGAUGAUUUAUCUCAUCACAAGCAUAUUUGGAGACCAACCCCUGGUUUUUAAUUGGUUUGAAACAUGUUGGCAAAUGUGUUUUUUUUCUUUUUCUUUAGGAAGGAGCUUUAUUUUAGCACUUUGGUGAAUCCUUUAACGUGGCAGAGUUCACUUGUGAAUUCUGUAAUAUUAUUUAUCACAUCCUUCCACCUGAGAGCCCAGUGCUGUGUCUCCAAUUUUAUCUUCACAACAACCCUGUGAGGAAGGUCUGAAUGAGUCAUGGUGAGAAACCCAACACCACUCAAUAAGAUUGUGGUUGACUGGGGAUAUGAACUCUAGCGCUUUAACCUCUAGAUCACAGUAUGUCUCUGAUUUCAUGGUUCAAUGAACAGCAGGCAGGAUUUUCUGGUUCUGGGAUGCCUCCUCUUACUGGCUUUCAGAAGGCAGGCCCUGGUUGGGCAGGAUCUACUGGGGCUCCAGACUUUUCUGGCCCAUGAGAGCAUAAGGCAACAGCUAGCAAUGGUGUAUUCAUUCAAUAGAGUUUGUUCUGGUUUGGGAGUCAAUUUCCUUCCAGGAGUUUGCUGAGAGCAAAGUUGUCUUGAAACCACAAUUCCCGCGAUUCUCUGGAGGCGGCCGCAGUUCCUGUAAAAUGAUACGCUGUGUAGUAUAGCCAGCUUGUUUCCUCUGCCCUUCUAACUCUGCCCCCUGGUACUCUUGCAAGCACAUAUCUAGAGUCCCUGGAAUAUGCGUUCCUUAGCGCAGACUCCAGAGAAGCUGAUGUCAGUUUGAAAGAGAGUUCGCUGCUAGUGGGAUGUAAGCUACACAUCCUGCGCUUCCCACUUUUGAUUCUAGCUUGGCAGAUUCACACAUUGCUGCUCUACCUAUUGAGCAAAACCAAAAACAGUCCUGAAGGAACAACUGUGGGGCAGAGAAGCCUAAUUUCUUUGCACCACUCUUUUAAUCAUCUUUUAUCUGUCUCCAACUCUACUGUCCUGCCGACAAAGCAGAAAUCUGCAUUGUGCUGCAUUGAGUUGACAUUCCUGGACUACAACUCCCAUCACCCUUGACCCUUGGCCAUGCUGGCUGGGGCUGAUGGGAGUUUGCAUCCAACAGCACACCUGUGGCCCCUGCAGUAUGCAAUGUUGGCACUUCCUUGCUUUGCCUACUAAGGAAGGAGGAGACUCCAAGACUACCGUAUACAACUUUCCUCUUUUCAGUGACAGAUGGGCUGGGUGGUGUAGAUGUACACUGCAUGGUAUAGAUUGCAUGAUGCUGAAUGUGUCAGCUGUUGUGAAUCAUUUAAUGCCUCCCAUUUGUGUGAUUUGAGGGAGCUCAAGCGGCUUGAAAACUGUCAGGAAGGGGAAGUACAUUUUUGAGAGAAUGCCCCGGGUAAAGAUAGAGUGACCAGGAUCUUUGCUGUGAAAACAAGAGGCUGUAUCCAAUGUUAGUCCUACACAGAGUAGACCCAUUAAACUUGGUGGCAUGACCAACCUAGGUACAUUCCUUUUAAUGGAUCUCCUCUGUGUGGGACUUGGAUGCAGCCCACAGACACCAUUUCUGGCAGCAAACAUGGAUGUCUUCCCCCCCCCCCCCGCCCCAGGUUAUUUGAGUUCCCACAACACCCCCUUGUGGUCAUGCUCCGACAAAGAAUAUAAUAUUGGGCUUUAAAUGGGCUUAAAAGCUUGCUCAGCUCUGGGCUGGAUUUUACCCAAUUUCUCCCUGGCUUGUUUAGGAGCAAAAAUUAAAAAAUAAAAUAAACACACAACGUAUUUCAGGAUUGAACUGAAAGCAGCAAAACGGAUUUGGGAAAUGAGAACAUCAACCAGGCAGCCAAAGUUUAAGCGCUUCUAUGUCUGUUAAGCUCAUGGGAACAUUACUAUCCUAUUUAAAUGUGGGCCUUUGCAGGGGUAGCUAACAUAGUGACUCAAGAUAGUGUGGACUACAAUGACCAUCACCCCACAGUGGUUGUGGGGAGCUGAUUGGAACUGUAGCCCACAAUAUAGUCUACAACAACAUCCAUCUUCCUGUGUUGUUGGGAAAUGUAGUCCCCACAGUCUGAGGGGCAUCAUGUUGACUAAAGUUCAAGCUUAACUUCAGCUGGAGUGUCUCAUUUCUCCUGCCGUCAACAAUGGCAUUUCUCGUCAUCAAAUUUUGCCCUGCACCCUUUGGAUUCCUUCCCCCUUUCUAUCUCUCAUCAUCCAGUAGUGAAACAUUGCUGGCUGUGGCAAGCGCCAAAAAUCCUUUCCCCAAUUGUUCUGCAUUUAUAGAUCCCUUUGCCAAUCCUUCUGCUCCCCCUGCAGACUGUAUGUAUAUGAAUUAAAUAAUUGUGUAUUGUGGUCGUCCUAACAAGCUUGAAGUAAAGUGGUUUACUGAGUC